GCGCACGUGCGGCGGCGGGGCCGGGCCGGUGGUGCGCGGCGCCGCCCGCCAUGGCCCCCGCCCGGGGCCGCCUGCCCCCCGCGCUCUGGGUCGUCACGGCCGCGGCGGCGGCGGCCACCUGCGUGUCCGCGGCGCGCGGCGAAGUGAACUUGCUGGACACGUCGACCAUCCACGGGGACUGGGGCUGGCUCACGUACCCGGCGCAUGGGUGGGACUCCAUCAACGAGGUGGACGAGUCCUUCCGGCCCAUCCACACGUACCAGGUGUGCAACGUCAUGAGCCCCAACCAGAACAACUGGCUGCGCACGAGCUGGGUGCCCCGCGACGGUGCCCGGCGCGUCUACGCGGAGAUCAAGUUCACGCUCCGUGACUGCAACAGCAUGCCCGGCGUGCUGGGCACCUGCAAGGAGACCUUCAACCUCUACUACCUGGAGUCGGACCGCGACCUGGGCUCCAGCACGCAGGAAAGCCAGUUCCUCAAAAUCGACACCAUCGCGGCCGACGAGAGCUUCACGGGCGCCGACCUGGGCGUGCGGCGGCUCAAACUCAACACGGAGGUGCGCGGCGUGGGUCCCCUCAGCAAGCGCGGCUUCUACCUGGCCUUCCAGGACAUCGGCGCCUGCCUCGCCAUCCUCUCCCUCCGCAUCUAUUACAAGAAGUGCCCCGCCAUGGUGCGCAACCUGGCGGCCUUCUCGGAGGCGGUGACCGGCGCAGACUCGUCCUCGCUGGUGGAGGUGCGGGGCCAGUGCGUGCGGCACUCGGAGGAGCGGGACACCCCCAAGAUGUACUGCAGCGCCGAGGGCGAGUGGCUGGUGCCCAUUGGCAAGUGCGUGUGCAGCGCCGGCUACGAGGAGCAGCGGGAUGCGUGCGUGGCCUGUGAGCUGGGCUUCUACAAGUCAGCCCCUGGGGACCAGCUGUGUGCCCGCUGCCCACCCCACAGCCACUCCGCAGCCCCGGCCGCCCAGGCCUGCCGCUGUGACCUCAGCUACUACCGUGCGGCCCUGGACCCGCCUUCGGCAGCCUGCACCCGGCCACCCUCUGCACCCGUGAACCUCAUCUCCAGUGUAAAUGGGACAUCUGUGACCCUGGAAUGGGCCCCUCCCCUGGACCCAGGUGGCCGCAGUGACAUCACCUACAACGCCGUGUGCCGCCGCUGCCCCUGGGCACUGAGCCACUGUGAGGCGUGUGGGAGUGGCACCCGCUUCGUGCCCCAGCAGACCAGCCUGGUGCAGGCCAGCCUGCUGGUGGCCAACCUGCUGGCCCACAUGAACUACUCCUUCUGGAUCGAGGCCGUCAACGGCGUGUCCGACCUGAGCCCCGAGCCCCGCCGGGCUGCCAUCGUCAACAUCACCACCAACCAGGCAGCCCCGUCCCAGGUGGUGGUGAUCCGGCAGGAGCGCGCGGGCCAGACCAGCGUGUCGCUGCUGUGGCAGGAGCCGGAGCAGCCCAACGGCAUCAUCCUGGAGUACGAGGUCAAGUACUACGAGAAGGACAAGGAGAUGCAGAGCUACUCCACCCUCAAGGCCGUCACCACCCGGGCCACCGUGUCGGGCCUCAAGCCGGGCACGCGCUACGUGUUCCAGGUGCGGGCGCGCACGUCGGCGGGCUGUGGCCGCUUCAGCCGGGCCGUCGAGGUGGAGACCGGGAAGCCCCGGCCCCGCUACGACACCCGGACCAUCGUCUGGAUCUGCCUGACGCUCAUCUCGGGCCUGGUGGUGCUUCUGCUUUUGCUCAUCUGCAAGAAGAGGCACUGUGGCUACAGCAAGGCCUUCCAGGACUCGGACGAGGAAAAGAUGCAGUACCAGAGCGGCCAGGCGCCGCCCCCUGUCUUCCUGCCCCUGCACCACCCCCCGGGGAAGCUCCCGGAGCCCCAGUGCUGCGCCGAGCCGCACACCUACGAGGAGCCGGGCCGGGCAGGCCGCGGCUUCACCCGGGAGAUCGAGGCCUCCAGGGUCCACAUUGAGAAGAUCAUCGGUUCCGGGGAGUCUGGAGAAGUCUGCUACGGGCGACUGCGGGUGCCCGGGCAGCGGGAUGUGCCCGUGGCCAUCAAGGCCCUCAAGGCUGGCUACACGGAGAGACAGCGUCGGGACUUCCUGAGUGAGGCCUCCAUCAUGGGCCAGUUCGACCACCCCAACAUCAUCCGCCUCGAGGGUGUCGUCACCCGUGGCCGCCUGGCAAUGAUCGUGACGGAAUAUAUGGAGAACGGCUCUCUGGACGCCUUCCUGAGGACCCACGACGGACAGUUCACCAUCACGCAGCUGGUGGGCAUGCUCAGAGGCGUGGGCGCCGGCAUGCGCUACCUCUCAGACCUGGGCUACAUCCACCGUGACCUGGCUGCCCGCAACGUCCUGGUGGACGGCAACCUGGUGUGCAAGGUGUCGGACUUCGGGCUCUCGCGGGUGCUGGAGGACGACCCCAAUGCCGCCUACACCACCACGGGAGGGAAGAUCCCCAUCCGCUGGACGGCGCCCGAGGCCAUCGCCUUCCGGACCUUCUCCUCGGCCAGUGACGUGUGGAGCUUCGGCGUGGUCAUGUGGGAGGUGCUGGCCUACGGGGAGAGGCCCUACUGGAACAUGACCAACCGGGACGUCAUCAGCUCGGUGGAGGAGGGGUACCGGCUGCCCGCACCCAUGGGCUGCCCCCGCGCCCUGCACCAGCUCAUGCUGGACUGCUGGCAGAAGGACAGGGCCCAGCGGCCGCGAUUCUCCCACAUUGUCAGUGUCCUCGAUGCGCUGAUCCGCAGCCCCGAGAGUCUCAGGGCCACGGCCACGGCCGGCAGGUGCCUGCCCCCUGCGUUUGCCAGGAGUUGCUUUGACCUCCGAGGGGGCGGUGGUGGCGGCGGGGGCCUCACUGUGGGGGACUGGCUGGACUCCAUCCGCAUGGGCCGGUACCGGGACCACUUCGCGGCUGGCGGGUACUCCUCCCUCGGCAUGGUGCUGCGCAUGGAUGCCCAGGAUGUGCGAGCCCUGGGCAUCACCCUCAUGGGCCACCAGAAGAAGAUCCUGGGCAGCAUCCAGACCAUGCGGGCCCAGCUGACCAGCACCCAGGGGCCCCGCCGGCAUCUCUGACUCAUGGCCAC